AGCCUUACAGCAGUGCGAAUUGGUCCAAAACAUGAUAGACCUGAGCAUCUCCAACCUGGAAGGGCUUAGGACCAAAUGUGCUACUUCCAACGACCUCACACAAAAAGAAAUCCGGACCUUGGAGAGUAAGCUGGUGAAGUACUUCAGCCGGCAGCUGUCCUGCAAAAAGAAGGUGGCUCUGCAGGAGCGCAACGCCGAGCUGGAAGGCUUCCCCCAGCUGCGGCACUGGUUCCGGAUCGUGGACGUGCGCAAGGAAGUCCUGGAGGAGAUCACCCCUGGCCAGCUGAGUCUGGAGGACCUCUUGGAGAUGACGGAUGAGCAGGUGUGUGAGACCGUGGAGAAGUACGGAGCCAACAGGGAGGAGUGUGCCCGCCUCAAUGCCUCUCUCACCUGCCUCCGGAAUGUCCACAUGUCAGGAGGCAACCUUUCCAAACAAGACUGGACCAUCCAGUGGCCCACCACCGAGACGGGGAAGGAGAACAACCCCGUGUGCCCCCCGGAGCCGACCCCCUGGAUCCGCACCCACCUCUCCCAGAGCCCCAGGGUGCAGGCCAAGUGCGCCCAGCACUUCUGUCACGCCAGCCCCGCCCCCGGGGCCCCCGCGUACACCCACGUGGACAGGCUGACCGUGGACGCUUACCCGGGUCUCUGCCCGCCGCCGCCCCUGGAGUCGGGCCACCGCUCCCUGCCCCCGUCCCCCCGGCAGCGGCACGCGGUCCGCACCCCGCCGCGGACCCCCAAUAUCGUCACUACCGUGACCCCGCCAGGCACGCCGCCUAUGAGGAGGAAGAAUAAGCUGAAGCCCCCGGGAACCCCGCCGCCCUCUUCCCGGAAGCUGAUCCACUUGAUCCCAGGCUUCACGGCCCUGCACCGGAGCAAGUCCCACGAGUUCCAGCUGGGCCACCGCGUGGACGAGGCGCAUACGCCCAAAGCCAAGAAGAAGAGCAAACCCUUGAACCUCAAGAUCCACAGCAGCGUGGGCAGCUGCGAGAACAUCCCUGCACAGCAGCGCUCCCCGCUGCUGUGUGAGCGCUCCCUGCGCUCCUUCUUCGUGGGCCACGCGCCCUUCCUGCCCUCCACCCCACCGGUCCACACUGAGGCUAACUUCUCUGCAAACACGCUGUCAGUGCCGCGAUGGUCCCCGCAGAUCCCGCGCAGAGACCUCGGCAACUCCAUCAAGCACAGGUUUUCCACCAAGUACUGGAUGUCUCAGACAUGCACGGUCUGCGGCAAAGGGAUGCUGUUUGGCCUCAAGUGUAAAAACUGCAAGUUAAAGUGCCACAACAAAUGCACCAAAGAAGCCCCGCCCUGCCAUCUCCUCAUCAUCCACAGAGGAGCAAGGUUAGUCCGAACGGAGUCCGUGCCGUGCGACAUCAACAACCCCCUACGGAAGCCGCCCCGGUACUCAGACCUGCACAUCAGCCAGACGCUCCCCAAAACCAACAAAAUCAAUAAGGACCACAUCCCUGUCCCUUACCAGCCCGACUCGAGCAGCAACCCCUCGUCCACGACCUCGUCCACGCCCUCCUCGCCGGCGCCCCCCCUCCCUCCCAGCGCCACGCCGCCUUCUCCCCUUCACCCUUCCCCGCAGUGCACGAGGCAGCAGAAGAACCUCAACCUACCAGCGUCCCACUACUGCAAGUACAAGCAGCAGUUCAUCUUCCCAGAUGUGGUGCCGGUGCCAGAGACGCCAGCCCGGGCGCCCCAGGUCAUCCUGCACCCCGUGACCUCGAAUCCAGUCUUGGAAGGAAAUCCAUUACUUCAAAUUGAAGUGGAGCCAACCUCAGAGAAUGAAGAGGGCCACGAGGAGGCCGAGGAGUCGGAGGAUGACUUCGAGGAGAUGAACCUGUCCCUCCUCUCGGCCCGGAGCUUCCCUCGCAAGGCCAGCCAGACCAGCAUCUUCCUCCAGGAGUGGGACAUCCCCUUUGAGCAGCUGGAGGUCGGCGAGCUCAUCGGGAAGGGCCGCUUCGGGCAGGUGUACCACGGCCGCUGGCAUGGGGAGGUGGCCAUCCGGCUGAUCGACAUCGAGCGGGACGACGAGGAGCAGCUGAAGGCCUUCAAGCGUGAGGUGAUGGCCUACCGGCAGACGCGGCACGAGAACGUGGUGCUCUUCAUGGGCGCCUGCAUGAGCCCGCCCCACCUGGCCAUCAUCACCAGCCUCUGCAAGGGGCGGACUCUCUACUCCGUGGUGAGGGAUGCCAAGAUCGUCCUGGAUGUCAACAAGACGAGGCAGAUUGCCCAGGAAAUUGUGAAGGGUAUGGGCUACCUCCACGCCAAAGGAAUCCUCCACAAGGACCUCAAGUCAAAGAAUGUCUUCUACGACAACGGCAAAGUGGUCAUCACAGACUUUGGGCUCUUCAGCAUUUCUGGGGUUCUGCAGGCUGGCAGGCGGGAUGACAAGCUGCGCAUCCAGAGCGGCUGGCUGUGCCACCUUGCCCCAGAGAUCAUCCGCCAGUUGUCUCCCGACACGGAGGAGGACAAGCUCCCGUUCUCCAAGCACUCGGACGUCUUCGCGCUCGGCACAAUCUGGUAUGAACUCCACGCCAGGGAGUGGCCUUUCAAGACUCAACCAGCGGAGGCAAUUAUCUGGCAAAUGGGCACAGGCAUGAAACCCAACCUCAGCCAGAUCGGCAUGGGAAAAGAAAUCUCGGACAUUCUUCUCUUCUGUUGGGCCUUUGAACAAGAAGAGAGACCUACCUUCACCAAGCUCAUGGACAUGCUGGAGAAACUGCCAAAGCGAAACCGUCGCCUGUCUCACCCCGGACACUUCUGGAAAUCUGCAGAGCUGUGAUCACUGGACAAAGGGACAGCGCUCUGCUGCCUCAGCUCCCGGCCACCUCUCCUCCCCUGCUCUGCCCUCUGCCAGCCCAGGAGGCCAGCGGCUCACCAUGCAAGGGUACCGACCUGGCCAGCCUGGCAGCACCGCACGAAUGAGCUCGGUGGCUUCCCUGCACCCCAGACCCGUGCCCCUCUGCUCAGGCGGGGUUGGGGACCCCUGAGCCAAGGAGACGUGCAGUUGAUCAGUGAGGCCCCAGGACAGCGUAGAGCGUCGGCUGAAGCGGGGCCCCCAGCCGAGGCGGCGAGGACAGGAGGCCUGCGUGGGCAGGCUCGCGGGCCCGGGCUGCGUGCCAGGCUGCGUCCCUGUGUCCGGGUGUGCCCGCCGCCGCCUGCUCGUUCCCCUCGAUGACAGCCCUGUGGGGUCUGCUCUCCGUGGGGGGGUGCCAGCCACGCCUUGGGGAAACGGGACGGGACGCAGAGCCGAGCAUCAGCCUGGUGGAGACCCUGGACCCAGUCUGGCUGCAGGGGAGGGGUGAGGGGCAGUGGGGAGUGGGCCCCGAGCGGCCUCCUGGGGAAACAGCUGCCCAGCUGGCCACGGUACGUGGCAUCUUUUGAGUGCUGGGUCCCGCUAGGAGGCCAGUGGCUCUUAUCUCCUAUUCUGUGCCAGCCUCACCCCUUUUACUGCUCUCCCUUCCCCCCACCCUACGCCACCCCCUGCCACUGGGAGAGCACAGUGGCUCCUUGGCUGAAACAGCUUCUGGGGCUCCUCAAAGCUCACUGUCACCCCUGACACCUCCUGGAUCUGGCCUGAGAGCCAGCAUUCUGGGGAGGGCGUUGGACAGACCUGUUCCCCCCUCUCUGGCACUGACAGCAUCCCAGUGUCCAGCCCGUGUGGCGGCUCAGGGCCCCGACCCCAGUGCGGGGCUGCACGCGUCCGCACAGCGUCCGUCCACGGAGGAGCCCGCCCACUCACUUUAAGAAGUCUGUUGGCCGAGGGGAGGCGGAGGCUGCCUGCUCAGGUUCCUGCUCUCACCUGGCCCUGGCGGGGCUUCCCCAGCAGGAGUCGGGAGUCUGCCCAUGCCACCCGCCCGGGGUCCACAGCCCACUCGCUUCACCCUGGG